CUUCCCUUCACUUAGGUUUUGAGGAACCCUAGCUAUGUUUGUUUGAUUGGAUGAUUGUAUGAGUACUGUGACUUGAUAAUCUUGAGUUCAUAUUCAAUCUAUGCAUGUUUUUAUGAUUCAAUUAUGCUUUAGUCAAGAUUAUUGAUUCUGCUUUGAUCCUAUGAGAGCGAAUACCUGAUUAGGUCAAUAGAGCACCAUAAAUUGAUAGUAGUGGAUCGAUUGCUUUAGUCGAGGGUUGAUUCGCUGCUUUGUAUCGAUUGAGAACCUCUUUCGAUAGAGGGAAUCUAGUUCAGAACGCCUUGAUCGGUUGUUCUAGAGAAGGAUACGUCCCUCUAGGAAAUUGACUCAAGAGGGCCUUGUUCCUUUAGUCGAGACUCAGGGUCUAGUCAAGGAUUCUCCGCAUUGUGAAUGAAAGUGAAACAAGUUAGAAAUCAUCAAUCUUUAGUCUGGCUAGUGGUUAGGGGGAAUCAUACCUAAGUGAGUUCCCAACCUAUAAUUAGAUUAACUGUAGUUUACUAGAGUAGUUUUAGUUCUUUCAUCUUAAUCUGGUUUGCUAAAUAAUAAACUGAAGCUGAGUAAUAUAACUCUAGAGACCCGUGGAUUCGAUAUUUAUUACUUGAGUCACUAUACUGCAGUCUCUUUCAUUGGUUACACUUGGCCUUUGUUAGGAGUUGUGUCAUAGAGAGUCAGGACCACACUCCCCCCCCCCCCCCUCACAAAAACCCUCAUCUCUCAAUAUUCAUAGUAAGUUUCACCACAACCUCUCAACAAGAGGACCGUCGCCAGGGCCGAGGAGAGCAAGAGGACAUAGUAGGGGGAUUUUUAGCUCUGAUUGUCGGUGGAGCCUUGCUCGGGGAAUUGAGCUGGCAAACGGGGGUAAAUUCUAUGCCUUGCGGUUUUUCAAGUAUUUUCCUUAAGUACUUUCAAGUAUUGAUUUGCGUGAUGUAUGUGCAGUAUUUGUGUCAUGUUUGAGAUUGCAUGAUUAUGUUUGAUGGUAUGUGCUUUGGUUGAGCUAUGAUUUGAAGUGAAUGUGUGUUAUUUAAUUACCUUAAAGCUUUACGUUAUGAGUGAUUGUUAAAGUUUAAGAAACAAUUUCUUUUUAAGAAGAAACUCACCUCAAGAAGAUGAAGUCAUUUUAAGUGUUUUUAGUCACUAGCGCCAGUCCGUUGCCAUUUGAGAUUUUCAGAUAGAGCAGUAGUAUACUCUUGAGACUUUUAAGAUGAGCAACAUUUACGCUCCUGAGACAUUUAAGAUGAGCAUUAGAUAUGCUCUUGAGAAUCGUGGAAGAAGAGCCUUCCACGAUAAGUUUAAGUUUAAGGAAAGCCUGGAGGGCUUCUCAUACAUAUGAGUUGGCAACCGGACUAGCUAGUGAGGGAUCCCCGUGUCAGUAAAGUAUUUAAGUGGAGAUUUGAGCUUUAAGAAUACAGUUUUAAGAGUCAAGAUUUUUAAUAGUGGAAGUACAAAACAACUUCCACUAAGUUAAGUAAAGUGAUCAAGUAUUAAUAAGAUGUUAAACGUAAGGGCGUAGACUGACCACAUCUCACUCGCCAGUUUGAAGAGCUAGAGGAGUUAGAGGAGCAGUUAGUGAGCAGCGAGUGCAGCCAACUAGAGGAGAGCAGUAUAAGCGUCACAAGGAUGCUUAGUCAAGGUUUUCAGUAGCAACAACAUUAGAGAUUAUUAGUUAUUUACAUUUAUGAUUAUGAGUAUAGACUGGAGAUCAUUUUGAGUUUUUAAGUAUUGAGUUUGCCCAUGUGUUAGGGCGUUGCUCUUAUCUACAAGUGCGUGUUUUAAGUAUUUUAUUUAGUAAAAGUUUUCUAGCUUCAAUUUAAGAUUUGAGUAUUUUAUUUAUCAAGGGAAUUUUAGUAAAAGUAGUACCCGGACGGGUUAGGGUGUUUAUUUUUGGUAUUAGAGUCGGUUUUCCUCUGUUCCUUGGUCUCCAAGGAAUACUAGAAUAUCAGUCUAAGUUUUAAAGGCUUUUGUUUUAAAGGAUUGGAAAAUGAGUCAAGGGUUUUCUUUUAAGAGUUUACGGAAUCUCCAGUCUACUCUAAUCAUAAUAAGGUGAAUAGCUAUGAAGGUGCGACAUGACGAAAUGGUAGCGCGAGGGUGCGAUUGGUUUAAGAAUAAGCUAGGAGACGAUUUAGUUAACACGUCGUGGUUUGUCAAAUGAGAGAUCUAGGAAUAUGACGAUCGUCAGUAAGAAAGAAAGAAUGCAAGAAACACGACCAACCCAAGUAGAAUCUCAAAGGCUCUCAAGAUCAAGUAUCUCGUCGACAUGAUGGAUAGUAGUUCUUGAAUUAGUUAACCAACUACUCGGACGUUAUCAAACAGAUCAUCAUCAUCAACCUAGAGAAGGAAGGAGGAACGUUACAAAGGUCUGUGGAGGUAGAAUCAAAAGUACGAGGAAUUCAACUCCAAACACCAGCAAAGAGGUGCCAAUUGAAAGGGAAUACAUCGAGGAUUUUGAAGGAGUUGAGAGAGGAGUACGAGGAUUUUACUACUUGGAGACAAGUGGAGGAUCUAAUAAGCUAAGACAAACAAAUGGGAGAAAUAUGAAUCUCCGAAGGAAGAGGUACAAUCACUAGAUGCAGUAGCUAUGAUAAUUGGAGGAUGUCAGGGUCUUUGGUCCUAAGUAGUGGCGAGGAGGAAACGGUUCAAGAAAUAAAGAGGUACCACGAGACGUCCCUCAACUAGUUUUAGUCGUCGAUGGCUCGACGAUAUUACAACACAGUGACCAGGAGUAGUGGAAAGCUUAGACAUUAAGAUAAGCUAUGUUAGUAUAAAUGAAGCAAAGGAGGAAAUAAGUAGGUUACAUGGAGUAUGAAAGGACUUCAAGAAGUUAAAAGGGCAAGGCGGCGAGGAGGCAUGGUCGUUUACAUAUGACGAUAAAGGAACCCUUAUAGAUAAACUACGUCAGUAGUGAAAAGGGUACAUGACACUGGGGAGUUAGGCUGAUAGCAAGCCUUUAAAAGGAAAAAGACAAGAAUCAAGAUAAUCGAGGUAGAGGAUGAGCUUGGAUCAAGAAUAAUAAUGUUCUAGUGAACAACGCCAAUCUAGAAAGAGGAUAGAUUGGGAUAUGAGAGACCCUACAAACUACUCAGAUCAUGAAAGGUCAGGAAGUUGUGGGACCAUUUAAAGGGGAAUGCAAGAGUUCGUGAUGAUCUUUUGUGUGGUUGUCCUAUCCUAAAAGGAGGGAGCACCUAGCCAUCUAGGGUACAUGAGAGGUGUCAGAAGGAGGAACCUCAAUAGUAAGUUGGAAAUAGGGGGCUAAGAGCUUAAGUCUCGAAACUAGCUAUAAGAGUAAGUCAUUAAUCCAAUUGAGUAUAGACUAGUAAGUGGAACGUUCAAUAAAUGUUCUAGUGAAUGGCAGAGAAUUCGAGGAAGCACAUGGAAGUUUUGAUGAAGGAUUGAGAAUAUGUCUAGGUGACUCGAAUUCAAGAAACUGCAUAGUGGAGUACGACGAGGAAAAGCAUUACCAAGAAGGAGGAUAUCAUUAAGUUACCUUAUCCAAGGUGCCCCACUCUGAGUGGGAACAGCAUAGUAGGAUGUCAUCCAGAGGAAGCGGCUAGUUAAGGAUAGGUAAGACACGUUCAAUUAAGCCACUAAGAACUCAGACUAAGAGAUCAAGGCCAUAUACAUGCAUCAAUCGAGACAAAUGACGUGAAUGAGGUAUGUUAAAGCCUACAAAGGGAAACCCUCUAUUGGAAGCUUUGACCCAAGCAAAACGAGAAGAUACUCAACGGAGGUUGGUGACCAAAUACAAUACGAAGCAACAACAGAAGGUCAGUAAAAUUAAAGAAGCAAGGAGGACACCAUAGGACGUAAAAGAAAGAAAAUGGUGGUCAUCGACAGGGCGAUGUAUGCAUCUAGGAAGAUAGCUAGGAAAGGUCAAAACAGGAAUACAGAAGACAACAAGGAAGCUUUAGGUUGACUGCCAGUGGAGAACAGCUGAUCAAUAGUAAGUCCAUCGAGAAAUUUGGAACUGAUCGGUCAAAUUAAAGGUGGAAUCGUGGUCAUCGAGAAUAGUCAAAAGGAGAAACCUUAUAGAAAGUACAUAAGUGAGAAUAGACUAUAAGAACCUAGAGGUCUACGUCGAGGACAAGAAACAUCACGAAGAAGGGUUGCGAGUAAAGAAGUAAGGGGUAUGUAUUUAGAGAAGAUAUUUGGAUGCACUCAAAUGGAGUCAGAAUCGUUUUAAAUGAUGAGGAGGUGGUCGAAUUCUUGAAUGGACAGGUGGGGCUAGAGUUUGGAUACCAUGAUAAAAUUUGCAAGUCUUAUUAGAUAGACAAAGAGACCAUCUCAAAUAUCGAGCAUUAAUCUGGAAGUAUCAUGAGAGGAAUUUCAGUUAAGUUCUAAGAAUAACAUAAAGAUACUAUGAGACUGCAAAUUCAAGCGACAAUAAGUGAGUAUUAAGUUAGGCGGUCAGUGGUGAACAAGCAAGCCAAGGAGAAUGUCAUGAUUCUUGAAAGAAGCAUUAAUUUGAACGCAAGUUAGGACUGCGAUACAAUGGAUGUCUCUGAUGCAUACAGAAAAUAAAAGCAGUAGUAUGAGGUUUCGGCGUUAAGAAAGAAGUAACGAGGAGAUGACCAUUCAGUUUAUGGUUAAAGAAUAAGAUGAAGUAUCGAGGAAGAAAGUAAGAGAUACAAGUUAGGAGAUACAAGGACCUAGGUGAUCGAUGUGGUCAACCACGGACGAGAAUUACGUUAGAAGAGUUUUACGAUCUAAUAAUAAGGAGGUUAAGCCGUCAUUGGUAACCUUAGGGUUCGAGAGGGGCAUUAAUUGCAUAUGUACCGAAUAAUAGGGAUAGUGGUUGUCCGACAUGAGUUUUAAGUGCAUAUGCGGUGUGAGGGGUUAAGAAUCCACCACAACAUGCAUGAGCCAAUGAACGGAGGGAGGGAUUUAUACGUCAUGUCAUACAGGUUAAAAGAAAUACGUUUACUCAAAGUAUAGAGGAUUACCCCAAACGAGGAAUGAUGUAAUCACAGUGGACAAAUUUCGAGGGCGAAAUUUAUUUAAGUGGGGAGGAAAUGUGAUAUCUCGAUUUCGGGUUUAGGUUCAACAACAACUAUUAGGUGAAUUGGAUCAACAUGUCCAGUCAAGUCGGCAUUUUGUUCAUCACUUUUCAGUCAAGUUAUGAAACGAAAAGGACAGUGAGUCACUCAAGGUUAUACGAGUGCUACAAGCUAAGAAAAUGUAUAUGAUCAAAGGUUACCAACGAAGUUGUUAUGGUAAGAAUAAAUGAUCGUUGGAAGGAAGAUUAAGAAGGGUGUUGACGGGGGAUGAAUUCCGAGUAAAUUUUGGGGACGAAAUUUUUAUAAGGGUGGAGGAAAUGUAACACUCAGACCUUUGGGUUUAGGUUCGACCGAACGAUUGGAUCGACGGUUACAUACUAAGGGUUGCAAUCGUGGAUUAGUAAUAAUAAUAAUAAUAAUAAUAAUAAUUAUUAUUGUUAAUAAAAAACCAAUAUAUAUUUAUAGGGAGGGCAUGUGGCCGAGCAGCCCCCCAAAAAAACCCUCAUCUCUCAAUAUUCAUCGUCAGUUUCACCACAACCUCUCAACAAGAGGACCGCCGCCAGGGCUGGGGACAGCAAGAGGACGUGGUAGGGGAAUUUUUAGCUAUGAUUGUCGGUGGAGCCUUGCUUGGGGAAUUGAGCUGGCAACCGUGGGAAGAAGAAAAGUCAAGAGUGGGAGCGCAACACCCCUCGCGGUGACCCAGGGUUCGACGAUGGAUCCGCAUGAUGCAGCGGACGCCCCAAUUAGGUAAUGACCGCUUCUCUUUACUCGCCACUAGCAUCUAUUAGAGAUUGUUAUAUUGGAAGGGGCCAAGGGGUCUCGGGCAAAGAGAUUAUGAGCUGAACAUGUCCAAAAAUGAAAAUUACACUGGGAUAUAUGAUUAUGGUGGUUGUGAUUAUGCUUUAAUGAUGAUUAUAUGACUACUUUGUCCUCUUUCAUGGGGAUGAGAAGCGUAACUCCAUGUGUCCUUGUUGAUAAUCGAAGGACCAGGAAGUUGAAACCCUUGUGUAAGAAUUGGUUCGAGUGGUUCUGGUACCCAUGAUGAUCAUAGGUUAGUAAUGAAUGAUUCCACAACUUAAUUGACUAUGUAGAGUGGAGCAGAUGAAAGCCACAAGUGGGCGGCUUGUAUGGUGCAUAUGGGUAGUGAUAUUUGGUUUGCAUGGCCAUGAAGGGAUGGGUAGUUUGAGUGGCUACGUAAACAAGCUAAAGAUAUGUGACCAAAUGGAGGCGACCGAGCCCGCAGAAUCCAGAAGUGGUAGUCUCAUGGUUAGUUCAAGCCGGUCGACAUAAAUGCUGAGGUGGUGUAAAGGGGUAAAUUCUACGCCUUACGAUUUUUCAAGUAUUUUCCUUAAGUACUUUCAAGUAUUGAUUUACGUGAUGUAUGUGCAGUAUUUGAUUCAUGUUUGAGAUUGCAUGAUUAUAUUUGAUGGUAUGUGCUUUGGUUGAGCUAUGAUUUGAAGUGAAUGUGUGUUAUUUAAUUACCUUAAAGCUUUACAUUAUGAGUGAUUGUUAAAGUUUAAGAAACAAGUUCUUUUUAAGAAGUAACUCACCUUCAAGAAGGUGAAGUCGUUUUAAGUGUUUUUAGUCACUAGCGCCAGUCCGUUGCCAUUUGAGAUUUUCAGAUAGAGCAACAUUUACGCUCCUGAGACAUUUAAGAUGAGCAUCAGAUAUGCUCUUGAGAAUCGUGGAAGAAGAGCAUUCCACGAUAAGUUUAAGUUUAAGGAAAGUCUGGAGGGCUUCUCAUACGUAUGAGUUGGCAACUGGACUAGCUAGUGAGGGAUCCUCGUGUCAGUCAAGUAUUUAAGUAGAGAUUUGAGCUUUAAGAAUACAGUUUUAAGAGUCAAGAUUUUUAAUAGUGGAAGUACAAAACAACUUCCACUAAGUGAAGUAAAGUGAUCAAGUAUUAAUAAGAUGUUAAAUGUAAGGGCGUAGACUGACCUCAUCUCACUCACCAAUUUGAAGAGCUAGAGGAGUUAGAGGAGCAGUUAGUGAGCAGCGAGUGCGAGGGCAGCCAGCUAGAGGAGAGCAGGAUAAGCGUCACGGAGGAUGUUUAGUCAAGGUUUUCAGUAGCAACAACAUUAGAGAUUAUUAGUUAUUUACAUUUAUGAUUAAGAGUAUAGACUGGAAAUCAUUUUGAGUUUUUAAGUAUUGAGUUUGUCCAUGUGUUAGGGCGUUGCUCUCAACUACAAGUGUGUGUUUAAAGUAUUUUAUUUAGUAAAAUUUUUCCAGCUGCAAUUUAAGAUUUGAGUAUUUUAUUUAUCAAGGGUAUUUUAGUAAAAGUAAUACCCGGGGGGGUUAGGGUGUUACAUUUUCAUUACCAAAAAUAUUAGGGUUAAUACCCUAAUUUGGCCCGAAAUUUAGCGUAAGUGACAGUUCCGGCUACAUUUUUCAAAUAAGACAUUUAUAGACUACUUUUGAAACUAUUGGAUAAAUUUGGCCCAAAAUUUUCUUUGACUAUUAAUAUUGACGGUCAAACACUAUUUCGUUAGUGACUCAGCAAAAAAAUACUGAUGCCUGUCAUUAAAUAAUAGUAUGUUAAUUUUAUAAUUCAAUUAAAAAAAUUAACAAAUUAAAAAACUCUCCUUUUAUCAUCGCAAAAUCCCCAAAGAGGCAAAGACCCAAAUCCCCAAAUUCAAACGCUAAACUACUACAUUUUUUUCUUCUCCAACCUGACUUAUCACCUGCACUUACAACUGCGCCGUCAGAGCCAUGCGCGGCCUCAAGACCCGCACCAACUUCAUCUACCCUUCUCCCCCUCCAACGUCAACUCCCAUCACGUCGGCCAGUUUCGCUCGCUAUCGUCGCUGUCGCUAUCGUCCGUCCUUGAGAGUCUGCCUAUCGUUCAAUCGGUUCGUCUUCUUGUGGAAUCUCCGAUCAUCUGUCUUGAACGCUUGAUCGGAGAGUGCAAGGAAGGUGGAGGAAGAUAAAGCGGAUUGAGGCGAGAAGUCUGGUGGAAGAAGAAGAAGCAAGAGAGUAGGCUUCUGGUCAUCGGAUCUCACCUCCCCACUCGCCACCAGCGGAUCACCGCCAGAGUAAGAAAAGAAAAGCAAGAGAGUAGGCUUUUGGUUUCGUCAAUCGUAGAACCCUCCAUAAUCCCAAGUUCUUCCUCUGCCGGACCCAAAGCAAGAAGAAAGACCACCGAGCUCCAUCAUCAUCGUCAAUAGUCAUCUUCAAUCGCCAUCGUCAUCUUCAAUUGUCAAUCGCCAUCGUCAAUCGCCAUCUUCCCACCGGUGGCCCCUGCAUCUUGUCAUCUUCAUUCUUCAAUCAUCAAUCGUCGGUAAGUGUACUAUCGGGAAGAAGAUCAGGGAUUUUACCGGCGAGGGCGAUAGUUGCCGAUGAGAGUGAUUAGCGAUUUUGACCGUAAUUACUUUGUGCUUUUGAUUUUUUUUAAUUGGUUGCUUUGUUUCAUUUUGUUUUCCAUUUUUUCAGAAAAAUAAAUAAUUAUUUAAUGAUGUGGACCAGCCACAUCGGUUUUUUUUAUGAGUCAAUAACGGUGAAAAUGUUUGACCAUCAGUUUUAACGGUCAAGUCUAAUAGUUUCAAAAGUAAGCCAUAAAUAUUUUAUUUGAAA